CGGUGCGUGAAAAAGAAUUUCACAAAGUUAGUCGAUAAUGGUUUGUUUGUAAUUAAUAAUUCAUCGGUCUCGUUUAACACAAUAAAGCCACAUUUUGGGAUUAGAUGUAUAACUUGUCGCUGCCAGUAUUGUAAAAGCAAAGUCCCUAGCAACGUUUGAAUGAUUGUAAAUGUAACCUCAAAAUUUAAUGGAUAACGAGGCCGACGUUAUUGAACAUUUUUACGGCGUUUAUUUAUUGUAUUGCACAAAUCCUAAAUAUAAGGGUCGUGUUUACAUUGGUUAUACUGUAGAUCCGAACAGAAGGGUGAAACAACACAAUAAAGGUAAACAGUAUGGGGGUGCUUGGAAGACCAGUAAUAAAGGACCCUGGUUAAUGGUUCUGAUAAUCCAUGGUUUCCCAAACAAUAUUUCGGCCUUAAGGUUUGAAUGGGCCUGGCAACAUCCACACACAUCUCGCCGACUACACCACGUCUCUAAAAAGAAAUCAAAAGAAAAAGUUUAUGAUUUUACCAUACGUGUUUUAUCUGAAAUGCUUCUUGUAGGGCCAUGGAAUCGUCUCCCGUUGACAAUUCGGUGGCUCAACGACGACUUUAUUCGCGACCUGCCGAAAUCGCCACCUAUACACAUGCCAAUCUGCCAUGGUUCUGUUAUCAGUAAAAAAAUAACUCCGAGUACCACUGAGACGUCCGUGGAAAGAAUUGUGUUUUGUCAUUUUUGUAAAGAUGAGGUCGAGAAGGGGAUGAAGUGUUUGAAUCCUGAUUGUGUUUUGGUUAGUCAUGUUAUUUGCUUUUCUAAGUGUUUUUUUAAAAGUUCAGGUGAGUAUGUGCCUAUUGAGGGUGAAUGUCCGUUGUGUCAUAAAGUGUAUUUGUGGGGGGAUUUAGUAAGGAAGUUUAAAGGUUGUUAUGAUAGUAGUGAUGUGAAGAUUAGAGUUGAUGCUGGAGAUGAUUUUUAUGGAUCAGAUUCUGAUUAAAAGAUUUUAAUUUGUAAUAA